UCAGGUGGCUGUUCAUUUGAUGAACCGUUUACAUCAUGUGGAUAUAGUCAGUCUGAUAAAGAUGAUUUUAAUUGGGAUCAAGUGAACACAUUCACAAAGCCCACAACAGAUCCAUGGAUGCCCACAGGAUCUUUCAUGUUGGUGAACACUACUGAAAGAAUUGGCCAAAAAGCCCAUCUUUUGCUACCACAACUAAAGGAAAAUGACACACAUUGCAUCGAUUUCAAUUUUUUUGUUUCCAGCAAGAGUGGUUCCAGUCCGGGAAUUUUGAAUGUUUAUGUGAAGGUUAAUAAUGGUGAGCUUGGAAGUCCAGUUUGGAAUGUCUCAGACGCUCCUAUUGGCAUUUGGAAUAGAGUGGAAUUGGCAGUCAGCACGUUUUGGCCAAACUUUUACCAGGUAGUUUUUGAAGUUACCACUUUGGGUCACCAAGGAUACCUGGCUAUUGAUGAUGUGAAGGUUUUAGGUCAUCCAUGUACCAGCACACCCCAUUUCCUGCGCCUCCAGAGUGUAGAAGUCAAUGCUGGCCAGUUUGCUACUUUUCAUUGCACCGCCAAUGGUAGAACUGUUCAAGGAAAUAAGCUUUGGCUACAGGGAUUGCUUGUACGGGAUGCACCUUUGAAGGACAUGAAAAUUUUUAAUGAUCGUCGAUUUGUAGCUUCUUUUAGUGUGGUGAAUGCUACCAAACGGGAUGCUGGCAAUUACCGCUGCAUGAUUCGCACAGAAGGAGGAGUUGGAGUAUCAAAUUAUGCAGAACUAAUCAUUAAAGAGCCUCCAGUGCCCAUUGCACCUCCUCAGCUGUCAUCAGUUGGUGCAACCUAUUUAUGGAUACAGUUGAAUGCCAAUUCUAUUAAUGGAGAUGGACCCAUCAUUGUGAGACAAAUAGAAUAUCGCACCUCAAGUGGAAGCUGGUAUGAUAUACAACCAGUGGAUUCAACAAAGUAUAAAAUUGGACACCUGGAUCCAGACACAGAAUACGAAAUUAGUGUAUUGCUCACUAGACCAGGUGAAGGGGGUACUGGAUCUCCUGGACCAGCACUUAAAACAAGGACAAAAUGUGCCGAUCCUGUGCAUGGUCCAAGAAAGCUUGAAGUUGUAGAUAUCAAAUCCUGGCAAAUCACCAUUACCUGGGAGCCAUUUGGCUACAAUGUGACUCGUUGUCAUAGAUACAACCUUACAGUCCAUUACCGUUACCAAACUGGUGGACAGGAGCAAGUUAGAGAAGAAGUGAGCUGGGAUACUGACAAUUCACACCCUCAGCACACCAUUACUAAUUUGUCCCCCUACACUAAUGUCAGUGUCAAACUUAUUCUUAUGAAUCCUGAAGGGCGUAAAGAAAGCCAAGAAAUUGUGGUACAAACUGAUGAAGAUGUUCCAAGUGCUGUUCCACUUGAAUCUAUCCAGGGAAAUACUUUUGAGGAGAAGAUUUUUCUUCAGUGGAAGGAGCCAGUACAAACAUAUGGAGUAAUCACUUUAUAUGAAAUCACAUACAAGGCUGUCAGCUCCUUUGACCCAGAAAUUGAUUUAUCAAACCAAAGUGGACGGGUUCUAAAGCAUGGAAAUGAAACACAUUAUUUAUUUUUUGGACUGCACCCGGGAACUACUUAUUCUUUUACUAUACGGGCUAGUACAGCCAAAGGCUUUGGACCACCUGUAACAAGUCAAUUUACCACAAAGAUAUCAGCACCUUCUAUGCCACCCUACGAGUUGGAAACACCUUUAAAUCAAACCGACAGUACUGUGACAGUUCAGCUGAAGCCUGCACAAAGCAGAGGUGCACCAGUCAGUGUUUACCAAAUAGUUGUUGAGGAAGAACGCCCUCGCAGAACCAAGAAAACCACAGAAAUCCUGAAAUGCUACCCUGUGCCAAUUCACUUCCAGAAUGCUUCAAUUCUGAAUUCCCAGUAUUAUUUUGCUGCUGAGUUUCCAGCCCACAGCAUUCAAAUGGCUCAGACUUUUACUAUUGGUGACAACAAAACCUACAGUGGCUUUUGGAAUACUCCUCUUCUUCCUCAUAAAAGUUACAGCAUUUAUUUUCAAGCUGCCAGCAGAGCAAAUGGGGAAACAAAAAUUGACUGCGUCAGAGUGGCUACAAAAGGUGCUGCCACGAGGAAACCAGAUCCUGAACAAGAGAAGCAAACAGAUCAUACUGUUAAAAUUGCUGGCAUCAUUGCAGGAAUCUUGCUGUUUGUCAUUAUAUUUCUUGGAGUUAUAUUAGUUAUGAAGAAAAGAAAACUGGCUAAAAAGCGAAAGGAGACAUUGAGUAACACACGACAGGAAAUGACAGUGAUGGUGAACUCAAUGGAUAAAAGCUAUGCUGAACAAGGUACCAACUGUGAUGAAGCUUUCUCUUUCAUGGAUACACACAAUCUAAAUGGGAGAUCUGUAUCAUCACCCUCUUCAUUUACAAUGAAAACGAACACUCUGAGUACAACUGUUCCCAAUUCAUAUUACCCAGAUCCAUUUGUGCCAACUGCAAUUUUAGUGCCAAUAAAUGAUGAAACUCAUACUGUCGGAAGUGACACAAGUAGCCUGGUCCAGUCACACACAUACAAAAAACGAGACCCUGUAGAUGUGCCAUACCAGACAGGCCAGCUUCAUCCAGCCAUUCGUGUUGCAGAUUUAUUGCAACAUAUCACUCAGAUGAAAUGUGCAGAAGGCUAUGGGUUCAAAGAAGAAUAUGAGAGUUUCUUUGAAGGACAGUCUGCACCAUGGGACUCAGCUAAAAAAGAUGAGAACCGCAUGAAGAAUAGAUAUGGGAAUAUCAUUGCAUAUGAUCAUUCUCGAGUGAGACUGCAGCUUAUUGAAGGGGACUUAAACUCAGACUACAUCAAUGGAAAUUAUAUUGAUGGCUAUCAUCGACCAAAUCACUAUAUUGCUACUCAAGGACCAAUGCAAGAGACCAUUUAUGAUUUCUGGAGAAUGGUCUGGCAUGAAAACACAGCAAGUAUAGUCAUGGUGACAAAUCUUGUGGAAGUGGGAAGGGUUAAGUGCUGUAAAUACUGGCCAGAUGACACUGAGAUAUAUAAAGACAUUAAAGUUACCUUAAUAGAGACAGAGCUUCUCGCAGAAUAUGUGAUUCGAACAUUUGCAGUAGAAAAGAGAGGCGCCCAUGAGAUCAGAGAAAUCAGACAGUUUCACUUCACUGGCUGGCCAGAUCAUGGUGUACCAUACCAUGCUACGGGUCUUCUCGGAUUCGUCCGGCAAGUCAAAUCAAAAAGCCCACCUAAUGCUGGUCCACUAGUUGUACACUGCAGUGCAGGUGCUGGCCGAACUGGAUGUUUUAUUGUCAUUGACAUUAUGUUAGACAUGGCAGAAAGAGAAGGAGUUGUAGAUAUAUUCAACUGUGUCAGAGAACUUCGAUCUCGAAGAGUUAACAUGGUGCAAACAGAGGAACAGUAUGUAUUCAUACAUGAUGCAAUACUGGAAGCCUGUCUCUGUGGAGAUACCUCUGUUCUAGCUUCACAAGUUAGAUCAGUCUAUUAUGAAAUGAAUAAACUUGAUCCUCAAACCAAUUCAAGUCAGAUCAAAGAAGAAUUUAGGACUCUAAACAUGGUGACCCCAACCCUUCGGGUAGAAGAUUGCAGUAUAGCACUUUUACCCCGGAAUCAUGAGAAGAAUCGGUGUAUGGAUGUUCUUCCUCCAGACAGAUGUUUGCCUUUCCUUAUCACAAUAGAUGGAGAAAGCAGUAAUUACAUUAAUGCUGCACUGAUGGAUAGUUAUAAACAGCCUUCAGCUUUUAUAGUCACUCAGCAUCCUUUACCAAAUACUGUCAAAGAUUUCUGGAGACUGGUUCUAGACUACCAUUGCACAUCAAUAGUGAUGCUGAAUGAUGUGGAUCCAGCACAAUUAUGUCCACAAUAUUGGCCUGAAAAUGGUGUUCAUCGACAUGGUCCUAUUCAAGUAGAGUUCGUUUCUGCUGAUUUAGAAGAAGAUAUCAUCAGUCGGAUAUUCCGAAUUUAUAAUGCAUCAAGACCCCAGGAUGGCUACCGAAUGGUGCAACAAUUUCAGUUCCUUGGAUGGCCUAUGUACAGAGACACACCAGUAUCUAAACGGUCUUUUUUGAAACUCAUACGUCAAGUGGACAAGUGGCAGGAAGAAUACAAUGGAGGAGAAGGCCGUACACUUGUCCAUUGCUUAAAUGGUGGUGGCCGCAGUGGGACGUUUUGUGCAAUCAGUAUUGUUUGUGAAAUGCUACAACACCAGAGGGCUGUUGAUGUAUUCCAUGCUGUGAAGACUUUGAGGAAUAAUAAGCCGAAUAUGGUGGACCUUCUGGAUCAAUAUAAAUUCUGCUAUGAAGUGGCUUUGGAGUACUUGAAUUCUGGCUGAUACUGCAAGUAAUGUUGGGGGAGACAAAAUGUUUCACUAGCACAGUCCAAGCGUUUUGCUUCAUGAUAUCUGUGUGUAUGAGAUGAGAACGUCUCAGUGUUACACUUUAAUUGCUUUGUAUCGGCUCUUUUUAAGAGCCCAAGAGAGUCUUUCCAAAAAUGCUUGCACUGCCCAUUUCCCACAGUAUGGCUGUUGCUUGAGUCACAGUCCCACACUAACACACUCUGGGACUGGACACCACUAUCAUGCAAACCCAUUGAAGAGCCCUACUAUACCUGCCUAGUCAUCUGAUCAAUCCAAGAGCACAAUUCUAGUCUUAAUGACAAUGUUUGUACCUUUCUGUUGUACUAUUUUUUUUGUUGCCAGUGAUCCUUGUUAUUGUUAAAGCCUAGUGUACAUUUUUGUUCUGUGGAGAAUGCUGCCUAACAUUUUGAUACUGUACUUUAGUUAUAUUUGUAUUGUAUUUGCUCCUAAUAAACAAAGCACCCGUAGCUUGAAUUGAACUAAAAGCUACGCCCACAGAUCAUAUUAAUCUUGCUGACUUCAAUUUUCUGUCCAACUUGUAUUGUUUCAGAAGAAGUGAUUUGAUAUACAUCCAUUAAGAAAAUGGAAAAAAUACAGGAGGAUCAGAUUACUAUAUCCAAAGCUUUGUUUAUAUUGUAAAUAUU